GGAAAUCGUAUGGAGUUGAUCACGAAAGAAUUCCAGAAACAGUACCACAGGUUUUUUCCGCAAAAUGGUGCCGUAAUUUGCUGCAGCUUCGCAACCGAAGUGCUUCUUGUACGAAGGGGUUUUAAACUCAAAUUAGAACGUUAAACUGAGUCAAGAUGUCCAGAAGAAACAAUCGGAACAGAGACGGAGGUCGCAGUCAACAGUUUUACGGCCACGACGACCGAGACCGAGAUGAUGGUCACCAAGGUAACCAAGGUAACCAAGGUAACUGGAGGGGAGGACAUUCUGGAGGCAGCGAUCACUGGCGAGGGAAGAACCGCCGAGGUGGCAGAGGAGGAGGAGGAGGGGGCCCACCUGGCCGAGAUGGACCAUCGGGAGGAAAAUGGCAAAGGGGUAAAGGACCUAGGAGGGGUGGAGGCAGUGAUAGGGGUGGAUACCAAGGACCACACCCACGCUCCAGGUUCGCUGAUGAGGAUGGCGAUGUGCAGAUGGGAGACAUGGAAGAAAGCUCCAACCAAAGAUUCAACCCCUACGGCCGGCCGAACAGUAGACGAGGGAACCGUCCCAAGAACAGAGACUCCCGAGGAAGCGGCAGUGCUGGGUCCAUGUCCAGACUGGGUCUACCGAUCAACCCUGGAGAUAGGAGUAGGGACAGGGGUGCUUCAGGACAGAGCAGGCAUAGUGGAAAGGGUGGGAAAGGGAGCGGACAGACGUGGAUGAAGAUCACGAUACCCUAUGGAAAGAGAGUGGAGAAGGAGUGGCUUCUCCGCAGCUUACAGAAUAUCUGCACAGUACCCUUCAUUCCCUUGGAGUUCCACUAUGAAGGUGAUUUAGCGGUGUUCUGCGUGGACGAUAUUGCAACAGGCAAUGCACUAAGAAAUGUCAGUAAUCGCAUUACAGCCAAAACGGGACACAAGAUUAUAGUCAAGACCAGGCCUUGUCAUCCUAUGACAUUGGACGCCCAGGAUUAUGAAGUGCUGAAGGUGUGUCUUAGUGAUCGCUACGAUCCGUCCACGAAGUCCCUCAGUUUGAAGGCGUUGCUGAAUGACGAAGGGCUUAAGAGUAAAGAUGUGAUGGGUAUACUGAGUCGAAAUCACAUCAUGGAAGGUGUGAUCAAAAUCAUAGCUGAGAAUAUCCCAGAGGUCCUAGCCAUUGAUCUCAGCAACAACAGACUGUUCAGCUUUAAAACCUUCAGCAAACUGGCAGAGAAAGCCACACAGUUACGGAGUCUGAAUCUUGGCACCAACAGUAUUCGAAACGAGGGCGACCUGGAGCCAAUCAAAGAAUUCAAACUGGAGGAGCUGUUUUUAGAAGGCAACGAAAUCGCCAACAAGCCCAACUACAGAAGCAUCAUUCGGCGACAGUUCCCCAAGAUCAUCAGACUAGAUGGACAAGAUCUCCCACCGCCCAUUGCCUUUGACUUGGAGUCACCCACGGUCUUACCGCCAGUACAACACAGCUACUUUGGGACUAGCACUAUCAAGAAACUGCUUGUGAGAUUUGUUGAACAAUAUUUCACAGUGUUUGACUCUGGCGACAGGCAGCCAUUCAUUGAGAUUUAUCAUGACCAGGCUUGCUUCUCAAUGACGUUUCAGAAUGCCUCGAAUUCCAGCCCUUUCAUGAGGAAAUACCUAUCUCAGAGCCGCAAUCUGCUGAAGAUAAGGGACCCUAAUCUUGAGAUGAAACUGUUUAAGUACACCAAGCUGUCUGUGGUAGCCCAUCUGAAUGAGAUGCCACCGACACAACACGACACCAACUCAUUCCAAGUGGAUCUGUUCAUGGCACAGGGCAAUCUGAUUAGUUUCACCCUGAAUGGCAUCUACAAAGAGUUCAGCAGCAACCGGUCUUCAUCUCAUCUGGUUGCAUUCAGUCGCAUGUUCCUAGCCGUGAUGCAGCCUCCAACGCUGUGUAUCAUUAACGACCACCUGACGAUCAAAGAGCCAACGCGCGCUCAGCUCAAGGCAGCCUUUGCCUCCCCUGCCCCCACCCCUUCCCCUAGCCCAGUGACGGUCCCCCAGGGAUCACUUUCCCCCGGCCACGGCCUGACAGCCCUACAGCAAGAGAUGGUAGCCAAGUUCAUCAAGGAUUCCAACAUGAACGCCGAGUGGUCUAUCAAAUGUUUAGUCGAGAAUGAGUGGGAUUACGAAAAGGCUGGCAUUUCAUUCACAAUGUUGCAAAGGGCAGGCAAGAUACCAGUGGAGGCAUUUGUCAAGUGAACCCAAGAAUUGUAACAGAACACCUGUCAACAACGAGGUGAACUGAUUGUUGCUUAGCAUUGUAAAUUA